AAAAUUAUGGCCGAGUUUCAUUGUAGAUAUGAAGAUCAUCUUGAAUAAGCAAUUUUAGGAUUUUGUAUUAAUAUUGGUUGUCACUAAACUCCUCAAUUUUGUUUUUAAUGCUUCAACACUAACUAAAAACAACAUCAAGCCUAAUGUCUCGGAUUUUCUACAAUCAAAGAACUUAUCUAAGAAUAUAUUCAAAAAGAACAUGAGUUUUAUGGAAGACUACAAAAUUUUGAGAGCAGCUUCAAUAAUUUUAUUAAUCAAAUGUAAAAGAAAGCAUAGAAUAACCUCAAGAAAUUAUAAAAAAUGAGUGAAUUUCUGACAAAAGGAGAGUAUCUAAAAUUUAAAAGUGAUAUCAAAUUCUUUAGAAAGUAUCAUUCUAAGGUUGAUGAGACUGAAAAAAGUAUUGUUUUACCAUUGAUUUAGGUAAAUUUAUAACUUCAAUCAAUUCUAUUGUGUCAGCUCUUGAAAAUAUCAAACAAGAUUAUAUUAGGAUAGAUGACUAAAUCAAUGCUUUAACUGAUGAUAAUAAUUAAUAAUAUAUGAGUAGAGCCAAAAGUUACUUUGAGAAAAGUAUACAUCUUUUGAUAUAAAUUUUAGGUGAAUAAUUAUUAAGAGAGGGACAAUUUAAAGAAGCAUUAUCAGCCUUAAACGAAUCAUUAUCGAUGGGUUAUAAUCAUGACUUUGUCUAUAAUUUGAAAGGUAUAUUUGGAAUAAUUAUAAAUUUCAAAGGGCUUAUAUUAUAGAAUCUAAAUAAAUUGGAUGAAGCAAUAGAUUGCUUUGACUUAGCCCGAAAUAUCAACCCAAAUUCUGAAAAUGCUCACAGCAAUCUAGGUAGCCUAUAAUUAUUUAUAAUUUUUUAUAGGAGCUUCAUUAAUUAACCAAGGCAAAUUCACAGAAGGCCUUUAGAUAAUAAAAACGACAAUAGAGCUGAAUCCAAAAAAUGAGAAAGCCUAUUAUUUGAAAGGUUGUUAUUCCAAAUAAUUGAAGGCUUUGCACUAUAUAAAUUGGAUAAAUAUUAAGAAUCCUAAUAUGCCUAUGAAGAGGCAAUAAAAUUGAAUAAUCGCUGGGAUAACGCAUACUAAGGGAAAGGCAAUAAAUAUAUGUAAAUAUUCAAUAGGCAAAUCGUUACUUAAACUUAAUAAAUACAAAGAAGCCCUUUAAUGUUUCUAAACUGCAAUUAAUCUAAACAAAAAUAACGAUGAAGCUGUGGAGAACAAAGGUUGAAAAUUCCUUCAUUUUUUCUAGCUCUCUCUCUACAU